GCUCUCUCUCUCUCUCGGCCUGGAAAGUUUGGAUUUUUCUGUAAUUUUUCGGACGAAUUUGUCGGAGGAAAGGUCUGCCAUGGCGCUCAAGAAGUGAGCGCUGUUUAGCUUCUCCGCGCUGGUGAAGAUCUAAUGGCAAAGGUUGAGAAGGGAGGGUGGCGAGCUUAGGCGGUGAAGUGGUGCCCUUUCCGGGGUUUCAGCUGCACCGUUACGAUUAGCUAUGACUGCGAUGCAGAGAACAUUUCAGAGGGUCCACACGGCGGUCGGCGCUCCACGCCUGACCAGGUUCUCCCUCAACGCCCCCAAAUACGUAGAGGUGGAAUUUGCUACUGGAAAUGUAUAUAUUUUGUCAGCUGAGUAUCUUAGAAUACUUAGUCCUGCUGCUGAUGGCAAGAUGAGGUCAAUUGGUGGUGAAAAGGUAAUAUUCGGGCGACGACAUGUUGGAAUCAUGUCCACUGAGCCUAUAGGAAACUACGGAGUGAGAAUAGUCUUCGACGAUCUGCAUAAAACCGGGAUUUAUACAUGGGAUUACCUUUAUCAUCUGGGAAGUAACAAGUUUUCCUUGAUGAGGAACUACAUAAAGACACUGAAGAAGCACGGGCUAAGCAGAGACCCGUCAAGACGAAAGUGACAUGGACUUGGUAUUCCUACUACGAUAUUUCGGUCAUAUGAAAUUGCAGAUGCUGUGGAUAAGGUCGCCCGAAGUGGAUAGUACCAAGAAUCAAGCUCUGUUGGAACUUUCUAUUUAUUGUUUGUGACGACUCAUGAAUCUGAGUUUUUCGAUUGAUGAAAUCUGUUCAUGGUUGAAGUGAGAGUUAUCUCAAGUAUAUACCUAAAUGGGUGUGAUGUUGCAACUACUGGUGGUUCAACUAGCUCCAUCUUCUGGCCAAAAAAGGCUACGGAUCUACCGGCACUAAAUGCACCAGUUGGGCAGCUUCCCUGACACCAGACAUAUCAUGGUUACUUGACACGAGAUCAGACCUGUCCGAUGAGUGUUUCUACGUGAUCUGCGCCAUUAUAAUCGUACGGAUCGAUGAUUUGUGUGUUACUGUUUACAUUAGGCGAUAUCUACGCUUUGUUCCACUGUAUAGUAGCCAUCGCUACAUAUACUCUCUCUCUCUCUGAUGUAAAGGCAUGUUGCCUUCUUUCCUUAUUGCUUCAGUAAUCAACUAUUCAUGUUUGUGUUGUUGAAUACCUAA